CACACACACACACACACACACACACACACACACACACACACACACAAACACAAACACACACACAUACACAGAGAAGCAAAGCAUCAACUCCUCAUCAGCAGAAUCAGAUACAGACAGACUAAUGCACAGAGAAAAGAAAUGAGGGCCUUGACUGUAACGACAUGUUGCUUGCUAGCUCUCUCUCUCGCUGUUCUCGUUGCUGGUGUUCCUGCUGCUCCUGCGUUUAUUCGUCUCCUGCCCCAGGACUGUCAUGAAAUCUUCAGGAGUGGUGUUCAGCGUAAUGGAGUUUACACCAUCUACCCCUCAGGCUCCACCCCUGUAGAUGUGUACUGUGGCAUGGGCUGCUCGGAGGAUUCAUCCCGAGCAUGGACAGUGAUACAGAGGAGAAUGGACGGCAGUGUGAAUUUCUACAGGGGUUGGGAUCAGUACAAGUAUGGCUUUGGGAAUAAGAGUGGAGAAUACUGGCUGGGUUUGGAGCACCUCUACAUGAUGACCCACAACAAGCUGUAUGAACUGAAAGUGGACAUCGAGGACUAUGAUGGAAAUAAAGCAUCUGCUACCUACACAGUUUUCUUUGUGAGCAGCGAAGAGAAUGGCUACAUGCUAAAAGUUGAAGGCUUCAUAGAUGGUGGAGCAGGUGAUUCCCUGUCUUAUCACAAUGGACUGAAAUUCUCCACUUAUGAUAAAGAGCAGAAUCCUUAUGGCUGUGCUAGACAACACCUCGGGGCAUUUUGGUACUACGCAUGCUAUGGUACAAACCCCAACGGUAUAUACCUGGGAAGACAGGAUGGCACACAUUAUGGCAUUGGUAAUGUGUGGACCACUUGGAGAGGACUAGAUUAUGGCCUUAAGACCAUUACUAUGAAAAUCAGACCUCGGCCUUAAACAUGACAAGAAAUUGGGUUCGAGUUAAGAACAAUAAGAACAAGAAUACUUAUAUUAUAAUUCAAUCCCAUAUAAAGCUGGACAUAUGAGUACUUAACUUUAGAUCUCAAAUUUGUCUUUAUUCACUUCAUCCAGAAAAAUAAAUAUAUGUGGUGUAAAUUGUUCAUUGAUUUUAUUUCUUAAU